AUGGGAAAGAUGAACGGCAAGAUUCCCAUCAUCAACUAUCAACGAACUAGUACACGACCUCUACUACAAUUGACUGAGAAGCUUAACAAUGAGCAAUUCUUUGAUUCAUAUUUAACUUCACAACAACAGAUUGUACUCGACACUCUGCUCUCCAUACCGGAUCCAGAUACAAAACUAAAGGUCUGGCAUGAACUAAUGCAUGGAAAUGCUACAUUAGAUGUGGAAAAAGUAGAAUUAGCAGAGAAUCCAGUAAAUGAGGGGAGCGAGCAAGAUGGGAAGCAAAAUAAUCAGAAUGAUGAUGAAGCUAUGGGAGUAAUUGAAAAAAAUAAGGAUACUAACACUGAAAACGAAAAUAAUGAGGGUGGUGGUGUCACUGAUAUGAGAAACAAUGAAGAAGAAGAAGAGGAGGAAGAUUUUUCUCAACUCGAUUUAGAAAAUUUUAAGCAACAGAUUAUUGGAUCCGAGUUCAUUGGUAACCUUUCCUUGAAAAUAAGGUACGUUUUGUGGCAGUGUGCUAUAGACUCAAUGUACAUGGAUGAAGCUGAUGAACAUAACGAUAAGGGCGAAGAUAUCUUGGACUACGUUUUACUGGAUGAUAGCGCUCCUAAAGAGGAUCCGGAAGGUAAUGAUCAGUCACAGGUACGAACCGCCGCCGCGGAAGCACAUGAGGAAGAUGAAAAUUACGAUGAUGACGAUGAUGACUAUGAUGGUGAAAAGAAAGCUAAGGAUCAGCAAUCUGGGAGUGAUCUCCGAAAUACAGUAGAAAUCCGUACAGGGGAAAAUAAUAGGAUGGUAAUCAUUUCGAAGAUAUCUAAGGACGUACUUUCCAAACUACGAACAAAUAAUGUCGAGAAAAUUAUGAAAAACUGCAAUAAAAUAUAUCACAAUUUCGAGCAUGAUAAGGAAACGAUGCUGAAAAGAUUGAAGCUAGAAGAGACCGAUGAGCUGCUGGACCCUACGAAGAAAAGAACUCACAGUGACAUAGAAGGAAUGGAAGAUGAUGAAACUGGAAAUACUACUACCAAUGGAACCAACGAGGGCACUGCAAGUAGUACGGAAGAGAAUGUACAAGAUGGAAAACGGCCUAGAAGAGAUUCAAUGAAUCUACCUGUAAACCUGGGAGCUGCCAAUCUUUCCUUAAAGCAUUUACUUUCCUCCAUUCAAGAAAAUAAGCCAAAGUUGAAAAUCACAGAUUAUGAAUUAAAGCAUUUAAUUAUGGAUGUUCGCAAGAACAGAUCUAAAUGGGCAUCCGAUGAAAGAAUUGGCCAAGAGGAGCUAUAUGAAGCAUGCGAAAAAGUCGUUCUUGAAUUGAGGAACUAUACAGAACAUUCUACACCCUUUUUAAACAAAGUGAGCAAAAGGGAGGCUCCCAAUUACCAUCAAAUUAUCAAAAAAUCCAUGGAUCUUAACACAGUUUUAAAGAAAUUGAAAACCUUCCAAUAUAAUUCAAAACAGGAAUUUGUUGAUGAUAUCAUGCUCAUUUGGAAAAAUUGUUUGACAUACAACUCUGAUCCUUCACAUUUCUUGAGAGGACAUGCUAUAGCCAUGCAGAAAAAAUCAAUGCAACUUAUACCACUCAUACCGAACAUUGUUAUAAGGAACCGUGUAGAUGUAGAGAAGGAAUUUGAAGAGAUGGAAAAGGAUAAGGACUACGAAGAAGAAGAAGAAGAAGAAGUAGCAGGUUCAGGUAGAAAAGGUUUGAACAUGGGAGCUCAUAAGCCUGCAAAGGCCCAUAAGAGUCAAGAUGGCGGAGGUGGUGAUGAAAAUUUACCUGCGGAAUUUGCAGCAAAAGGGCACGUAGAAACUGCACAAAAAGGGCAAGUUAAACAAGAGGAAGAAGAUACAAAUGCUGAAGAAAAGCAAGCUGUGGAUGGAGAGGCAAAGAAGCAACCCACAGAAGCAGACAAGGGCACCACUGAGCAAGCUGAUAGCAAUGAAGCUGGCAAUACUGAAGAACAAAACCUUGUCGAAAGGGCUACUGAAAAUAAUCAGGCCGAAGUAGAAAAUGAAGAAGAAGAUGAGGAGGAAGAUGAAGAUGAAACUGCAGAUUCACAAGCAUACCUUGUCGAAAAGGAUGAUGACAGAGAUGAUGUGGAAAUAUCCGUUUGGAAAUCACUCACUGCCAAAGUUCGCGCUGAGAUCUGUAUGAAAAGAUCACAAUAUUUUAAGGACGGGAAGCUUAACAACGAGUCUAACGCCUUUUUGAAAGACCCUCAAAAGAUGAAAUCAUUCAAGCAGCUUUAUUCUGAGUACCAAGAGCAGAAGGAGCUCGAGCUACAGAGGAAGCAAAUAGAGCAAGAAUCAAUUAUGAAAAAUGGAUUUCGUACCGUUGUCAAACAAGAGGAUGAAGACCAACUUCCUUUACAAGACAAUCCCCUUGAUGGUAAUGACCCUAUUGAUAAGGAAUCUAACGAAUUAGACUUAGACAAUGACAUGUUUCUCCAAGAAUAUGAUAGCAUGAAUUGUUUACCAGCAUUGGCAUACUCUGGUGUUGAUUCGACCCUCUUAGACAAAGAGGAAGAUGCAUGGACCAAAAGAAUGCUGGAGAACGAACAUCAAAAGCCUAGUAUAUUCUUCUCAAAUCGCGAUAAAGGAUUAACACCCAAGAUGAAUCGCAAUAUUGAACUAAUACAACAGAUAAGACAUAUCUGCCAUAAAAUCUCAUUAAUCAGGCUGCUUCAAAAUCCCUCAUACUCUCAAAGCUCUAGGGCAAAUGUAAAUCCAAAUCAAUAUGCCAAUAGUCAUCAGUACAAAUACAAUGUCAUAAACGAUUCAAUAGACCUGGAUCCUGUUUCCCAGCUACCGACUCAUGAUUAUAAAGCUAACAAAGCGCUCAUGUGGAAGCUAAUGUACAAGAAUAUAGGAAAAAUUGCAAUGUCCAAUGGUUUUGAAACGACCCAACCAUCAGCGAUCAGCAUGCUCACAGAGAUUUCUGGUGAUUAUUUAUCGAAUUUGAUAAAGAGUAUUAAAGUGCAUCAUGAAAGCAAUUCUUUGAGCCAUACGAACUCAAGAGAAAUCCUGCAUAUGAGUUUGUUAGAAAAUGGUAUUAACAAACCCGACGAUCUUUAUUCCUACAUGGAAGCCGAAUUUACGAAGAAAACUAAGAAAUUGACAGAUGUUAAGGGAAAAUUAGAGACUUUCUUGAGAGAUCUAUUAAGACCUACGUUGCAAGAACUUUCCGAACGUAAUUUUGAUGAUGAAAGCCAAAGUUUUGUUACUGGUGAUUUUGCGAGCGAGAUCACUGGCGAAGAUUUCUUUGGAUUCAGAGAGCUUGGUCUGGAAAGGGAAUUUGGUGUUCUCAGCUCUGCAGUCCCCUUGCAUCUAUUAACUUUCCAAUUUCAAGCUACUGACUCCGAAGAUAAAGUUCAAGUCAAAAAGAUACAACCAGAAGAAUUUGACAGUGUCGUUUACAAAAAAUUGGAUAAACAAGAUGUGGACGAUAAAGUUCGCAUGAAAACCCUCUACCCACUAUUAAUCAACUCUUUAGAACGUUCGAAGACUUACCGCUCAAAGAGUUCCAAGAAUGUUAGUACUGAUCAACCAGAUCAGGCAGUAAAUGGAGCUGAGGAGAAUCAAGACGCCUUAUUAGAAGAUGAAGAUAUGGUUUUCAAGGCUAAAGCUGGAUCAAAACCGAGAGUGCCACCCACUGGUAAAAUAACAGUUCCCAACAAGAAAAAGGUUGUUGGUGAUAUGUUUGUUCUACCAGAGAGUGACGACAACGAAGAGAAACCACCCACAUCGGCAGGGAUGACUUCUUCCUUGAAUACGCCACAAAAAGUACCUACAUCUGAAAUGGAUACACCAAGGGGCAGUUCAUUUAAUUUGAGCUUACCAAGGUUGGACCAAGAAAAUGACUAA